AUGACAGAAGCUCGACAGACUCGCCAGAGGAUAUUUUCGUUCUCUCAUUUAAAUGUAUUUGAUGGUAAACACCCAUGCUCAGAUCCAGGCAAUCACGACCCAGAUCAUUUCAAACCACAUAUGUCUAAGUUUCGAUUCGCUUGCAGGCAGAAGCUAUUGGAAGUUAUCGAGAUGACGCAUGCAGAGGGUAUUAUUCUGUGGAUUCAAGAGCACCUUAGAAAUAAACCUACAGAUGUAUUUUUCGCUUCUACAGCGAUAAUGGGUUCACAUACAUUUUACGUUGUAAUGCUUCCGAUACCACGCUGGACUGGCUUUAGCGCUGCUACAAGGGAUCUUGUGUAUAUUCUCGGAUACUCAAUAUAUUUGAGUGGACAUUUGAAGGAUUACUGGUGUUUGCCUAGGCCUAAAUCUCCGCCUGUUCAUCGCAUCACGUUAAGCGAUUAUACGACAAAAGAAUAUGGAGCUCCAAGCUCUCACACAGCAAAUGCGACAGGAGUAAGCAUGUUGAUAUUAUGGUACAUUUCACAAAUUAAAUUAGACGAUGAAUCGAACAGAGGCAUCUUCUACCUUCUUGCUGCUGUAUAUUUCUUUAUUUUGACAUUUGGAAGGUUGUACUGUGGAAUGCAUGGUAUUUUGGAUCUUUCGAGCGGAAUUGUGAUUGGUAUUGUUUGUUGCGCACUACGGGUAUAUACACAUGAGUAUUUGCACUAUGAUGAGUUUACAAUUGGCAGUGGUCUGUGGUAUCCACUUUUCAGUAUUGUUCAUGGUGCGAUAUUGUUGAAACUUCACGCAAGGCCCAUUGAUGCGUGUCCAUGUAUCGAGGAUAGUGUUGCGUUCAUUGGUGUCAUCAUGGGUCUAGAAUGCAGUGACUGGUUAUACCCAAGAAUAUUUAAUACCCCAUCAUAUGAGAUGCCGUUUAAUUUUGCCCGAAUUGGGAUCACGGGUACCAUUGCAAGAAUCGUGAUUGGUGUCAUUGCUGUCUUGAUUUGGAAAGAAUUGGGUAAGAAAGUUAUAUACUGGAUUCUUACCAAGCUCAUUGGCGACGACCGUCCCUUCACAAAAGAAGAGCUACAGAGACAAAAGGAAAUGGAUGCUGUACAAGAGUUUACACCAUUGGCUAGAAUUGAUGUCAUCGGACGAUCAAUUAUAUACGCCGGCAUCCCAGCAACAGUGGUUCUUGUGUGUCCUGUGCUAUACAAAUACUUUGGAAUUCUCGAUUGA